CAUGCGCACGAAAUUCGGUCUUUUCCACUCUGUCAGCGAACGAACGGCGUGUACAUCGGAUAUCGAGCUCCAGCAGCACUCCGCGAGCGGAAUUUAUUGAUUUUUCCCCUUUUUGCGCUUCAAAGCAAAAUCGUUACCACGGUUUUUGUUCUGUUGUUAAUAAAUUCUUCCUGAAGCAAGAGACUAUUAAUACGAGCGCAAAAUGGCUACUACAGCACUGGCACACGAGAAACUCUGGACUGAGAAAUCGACUAUCGAGGCAGCGGAAAAGAAGUACUACGAGUACUUGUCGAAGCUUUCCGUGGCGGGGAAGAAGAUGGAGUCGCAUGAUGGCGCGGCAGUUGCAGAGGAACCGAAAAUAGAACAACCAAAAAAAGCUAACGCUGCUGCUCAGCAGCAGCAGCAGCCAACAACGUCACCGCAAAAACAACCGCCGUCCGUGAAGACCGAUGCCGCUCCGGUUGAACCGGCACCGGCGGUUGCCACCGACGCUCCGAAGUCCAAGAAGGACAAGAAAAAGAAGAACAAGGGCAAGAAAGAUAGUACACCGACUGAUACCGAGUCUUCCGAAAAGGCGGCCGUUAGCAGCAGCACCGUGCCAAAUGUUACUGCGGUAGCUGUGGCGGUUCCUACGCAACCAGCAUCCAAGCAGCAGCCGACUACGGCUGCUACCGAGCCGGAGGUGCAGAAGGAACCGGGCAAAAAGAAAUCGAAGAAAUCAAAGAAGUCCAAAGCACAGGAGGAGGUUGCGCCCGUACAGGAUGUGAAUGAUAACAAGUACCAGGAUAGCGUGAUGGUACAACAGCAGAACGCCAAAAAUCAGAAGGAAAAAGAAAACCUGGCCCACAAGCUGUGCGAUAACAUUACGGAGGAAUUGAACAAGAUCAACUCCGUUCCUUCACAGUGCACUUUGGCUUCGGAAAUCUCGAAAGCCAGACAACACAUCAAGAAUUCCCUCGAACGCAUGGAUGGCAUUGCCGCUUUGGCUGCCAGCCCCGGAGCAGAGCUGCUGGAUCGUUUGUCCUCGGUGGAGAAGGAAAACGAAAAGCUGCGCUCGAUUAUUGACGGUCUGAACAACCUCGUCAUCGAUUUACACGAGCGCGUAAAGUCGCUGGAGUCGGGAGGUAGCAAACCUGCUGCCGCCACCGCCGCUGCCAAGCCUGCCGCUGCUCCUGCCAAGCCCGCCGCUGCGGCCACGAAGGAUGAUGACGAGGAAGACGAUGAUGUCGAUCUGUUCGACUCGGACGAGGAGGGAGAGGAUAAGGCUGCCGCCGAGCUGCGCGAGAAGCGUCUGGCUGAGUAUGCUGCCAAGAAGUCCAAGAAACCGGCCCUGAUCGCAAAGUCCAACGUCAUCCUCGACGUCAAGCCUUGGGAUGACGAAACCGAUAUGAAGCAGAUGGAACAGGAGGUGCGCAAGAUCACUGCCGACGGUCUGCUGCUCGGUGCGGCCAAGCUGGUGCCGCUGGCCUUCGGUAUCCAUAAGCUGCAGAUUUCGUGCGUGAUCGAGGACGACAAGAUUUCCGUCGACUGGCUGCAGGAGGAGAUCGAAAAGAUUUCGGACUAUGUGCAGAGCGCCGACAUUGCCGCAUUCAACAAAAUUUAAACUUCCUCCCUGAGAUCGGCAGCUUGAUCCCGUAAGACAUUUUUAUCGAUUUUAACAUACAGUUUAGGACACCACGAGCCACGCAAUUGCAACUAAAAACAAAAAUACAAAUACACGCUGCUCGUCCUCAUUCUAUCGUAGGGACGGUUGCUUCUUUCAAAUUGAAAGUACAUUUAA